AUGCCCACACAACACAAUAUUGGCGGCGCAGCAUCUCUCUUAGAGUUUGACUCAAGUAUACCAUACGAAAUUUUUAAACGAAACUUAAAACUGUUACGAGUUGGUCAAGUCAUUGUUGACUUUGAGAUAAUACUCGAAAAGAAUAGAGUCAUAUUCUAUGGUUCACCCAACAAACAUAAGUCGAGGACGGUGAGGGGUAAAGUGAGGCUAGAAGUGGCUGGAAAGUUAAAUGUUAAAGAAAUUAUGAUAACUCUUGCAGGAGAAUUUCACAUUGCAAAUGAGAACGCCCCCACUUUUGCAUCUGAUGAGAUCCCACUUCAAGGAACUUUGUUUUCCACUUGCAUAUUAUUGGCAAAUAAACGUACUCUUAAUCCGGGUGUGCAUGAGUUCUACUUCGAAUUUAGUCUGCCCGGAGAUUUACCCGAAUCAAUGAGUUCCGAUCUGGUCUUAUGCGAAUACUUUUUAAAGGCUGAAAUCGUAGCUCGAGGAUUAGGAGAUUUACAUACUCGAAAUAAAGUCGUGGAUGUGGUGGAUUUGUUUGUUCAACGAUCCAUGCUCCAAAGCGAUGAUGACGUCAAACAAGGACUUGAUGCUACAAGAUACACUGGUUCCCGAGAUAAAAUUCUUGACUUUGAGUUCCUUUUACCAAAAAUCUUGAGGUUAAACACUGAUGUUCUCACGUUUCACGCUCGAUGGGAUGGUCUCCGUGUCGAUAAUGUUACAUUUUUGUUUGUUCAAACCGAAAGUUUUACAAGUUUGCAAGCGGUCGAAGGUCAGGAAUCAUCUUCUGAUCGUAAAACAAAAGUUAUUUCGGGACCUUUCCGAUUCGAUAUGCCUAGAAAAGAACCUUUGAAACUUCAAAGUCGACCAAUGACUUUCCAAUUGCCAAUCACCGAACCUUUUGUCAGGGAUUAUGAUUUGUACAAUGUUGAAAUUAGACAUCAACUCAUCAUCUCCAUUCAAAUGGCCAACAAGAAUAAGGAGAGCAUUCAACUUUGCAUUCCUAUAAUGAUCGAAUCAAUCGUGGAGAGCAUGGAAACGAUACCACUACCUUGUCAUAUUAGCCAAAGUAACCAAGCAGCUUUUCUCCAUUUCGCCAAUAAGACUUAUCGUGGUAAACCCCUCGAAGAUAACAAUCCACCAGAGCCUCCUUCCUUGAACCGAUUCGCUCGAGCUGAGCAAAGGGAACAUAGCACAAUCGUUGAUGAUUCCAAUGAAUCGACAGCGGUUGCAUCUGAGUCUAUCCAAACUAACGAACAAACAUUACAAGUUCCACGAAGAACUAGUAGUAUCAUCAUUCGAAAAAACUCGACAAACAACAGUAAUCAUAAUGAUAACGUUAUCAACAUUCAUCAUUCAAUUAGUACUAUUAACGAGAGUGCUAGUGAAUUUACCGUAGACGAAAUCAGCAAUGAAAACAGCAACACCAUUGCCACAACCGUUACUUUCACCAACAAUGCCGAACAUGAAAGAAACUCCCAUGGUUUCCCACAAAAAGGAUCCCAAAAGUCCACUUUCGUUAUUAAUUCUGGCAAUGUGAUUGCUGAAAAAUUCACAAAGUUUAAUCAUCUUUUACAACGAAAUCGCAGUAACAAUAGAAGCAUCUCGGUUAGCAAAAAAGGCGCAAAUCGUCCUAAAAGAGCUGCUUCUUCGGCAUCUGCGGCUAAAUUUGCUCCUGGAUUGCUUGAAUUUCUAAACAGGCUUCCUAAUGCUAAUACCGCUAAUGCAAAUGCUUCAUUGACGACUUAA